GUUCAUGUUUUGAAAUACCAAAGAAAUAGAUGUAAAAUGGAAUCGUUGAAUCUUGAGCCCAGAUUAAAAAAGAAAGAGCCUCAAUUAUUUGAACCAGAAUCAGACAUGGAAGAAGAAUGGAUAAUUGAGCAUGAGAAGCAAUUGAUGGAAAGGGAAUGUUUGGCAGUUGUAAAAAAAUUUGAAAGAGAUAAUGAAAAGCUUACAGAAGAAGGAAAGUCACCUAAACCCAAUGAGCAUCUUAAACAAUUAUUAAAAGACAUUGAUGAAAAAGAGAAGGUGUUGAAGAAUGAACAAAAAUCUGGAAAGGUCAAUCUGAGAAAAGGACAAACAAGUGAAAAACUCCGGAUCCAAAUAGAAAAUUUGACAGAAUGUAUCAAAAUCACCAAGUUGUUGAGACAAGAAAAAGAAGAUAAUAAGACAAUGGCAUUGGGCACAUCAAAAAUUCAUUACUUGGACCCACGUAUCUCUGUUGCAUGGUGUAAAAAGUACAAUGUACCAAUUGCCAAAAUUUUUAAUAAAAGCCUUUCUGAAAAAUUCCAAUGGGCAUUGAAUAUUGACGCAGAUUGGGUGAGUAUUUUCCUUUAUAAAAAAGUAAUAUUGAAAAGAUCAACCGAGGUUUUUUACUAA